UUGAACAAAACAUACAACAACUUGCAAUAUUUAUUUAAUUUUAUUACAUUAUUAUUGUUUUAGUGAUUUAAUUAUUUUAGUAAGUUUUUAUUUGAAUAUCUUCAAUUAUGGCAAGCAACACAUUGACAUGUUCUGCUUCUGCCACUAUGGUGUCAAACCACACGGUCUCCGGCCGUAGCCCGGCCCUAGCUGGGUUCGGCCAACGUUCCACGGUGUCCCUAGCACCGUCCUCGAAGACUCCUUCGAUGGUGGUGAGAGCCCAACUAGGAGGAAGUCCUAAGAAAUUGGAUCCCAUAGCAGCUGAUCAAUUCCACAAAAAGGUUGCUCUCCUUGAAACUUCUCCUUAUGUGCGCACUCCCUGGAACACGAGCGAGGAUGACCACGAGAUUAGGAUGUGGUUUGACAUGCCAGGACUUGCAGCUGAAAACAUCGAUGUGAACGUUGUCGACGACUUGCUAGUGAUCAAGGGAGACGGUGGAGUUGAUGCAUUUGGAAACAAGAUAUUUAGCCCUUAUGAUAGUAGGGUUCAACUCCCUCUUAACUCUUGGAAGGAAGAGAUCACGGCCGUGUUUAAGAAUGGUGUUCUCUAUAUUACUGUGCCUAAGAUCACCAAAUUCGAGCACAAAAUCAUCCAUGUUCCAGUUAGAUCCGUUUAAAUCUCAUAAUAGAGAUCUACUUUAGUGUCUUCUAUAUGAAGUGUUUUAUGUAUAGGAGACUGAAUUAUAUACUUCGUAUUAUGAGUGUGUUUUAAGAGCUUUUCUUUGAGAUGCUAUGUAAUAGAGAAGCUCUCUAAGUAUGUAUUUUCCUUUCAAUGUUAUAAGUUGUACUUUGUAUGACUUAUUUAAGUAUUCUAAUAUAAUAAGACAUUAAUUAAAAUAAUUAA